AUGGAUUUGCUGAAGGAUUAUGCCCACAGCGAUGAAGAAAUGUCAGAUGAUGAACCCGAGAAACCUCUCACCAUUGAGAACUGUAAAUCCUUAGCGCUUCCAUCUUUGAGUGCCGGGCCAAGUAAUCCAUUCAAAUCAGAAAACCAAAAAGCUCCUAAGAAUACCCUUACUGGUUUUGUGGAGCCUGCCCACAUCAACGAUUUCCAUUUUACUCGUGAACUGCGUAGUUUCGAUACUUUGGGAUAUGCGCGCAAUCCUACAGCUGAUCAGAGUUAG